ACCCGCCCACCAUUUCCCAGCCUCCACCAACCUUCACGGUGUAUCAAAUGUAUCGAGCAGCUACCCACCCCUACCAGCGUGCCGGGCCAGCGUGCUGCUAGGCUGCAAUCUUCCCCGACCAACCGCCAUGCCGCUGCUCAUCCACCUCCGCGUCCUCCUCGUGGCCGCCGGGCUCGCCGUCUGCCGGGGCUACCCGACGGACGGCGCCGGCGACGCACGCGCGUACAACUCGAGCAUGUGCCAGAGGUCCUUCCCGUGCGGGGGGCUGAACAUCCACUACCCCUUGUACCUCUCCAACGAGUCCAAGGUGGUCGACGGGGUGGCCUACUCCUACUGCGGCUACCCCGGCAUGGCCGUGCUCUGCGACGAUAGCCGCGCCACGCUCCAGCUCGCCUGGGGCACCAACUACACCGUCCUCGGCAUCGACUACGACAACCACACCAUCACCCUCGCCGACGCCGACAUACUGGCGUCUAACGGCGGCUGCCCGAGGCCCCGGCACAACGUCACCAUCCCGCGCGAGGCGUGGCUCAACUUCACGCCCACCGGCAACACCACCAUCUCCUUCUUCCUCAACUGCAGCCUCGCCGCCCCUCCGCCGCCGGACGUCGUCCCGAUCAACUGCACCGGCUUCGACCCAGGGCGCGGGUCGCAUUCCGUGCCGCUCCUCGUCGCCAUGCUGGCCCUCUCGACGGCGGCACGAGCCGCGACGCAGCCACCGCCCGACCCCGGUGCCUACUUCCGGUACACCAACUGCACCCCGGCGCCAUACCAGUGCGGGCAAGUCGAGUUCGAUCUGAACUACCCGUUCGCCGUCGACGGCGUGGCCCGGCCGGACUACUGCUCCUCCCCGGGCCACCGCCUCUUCUGCGUGAACAACACGCUGACGAUCGACCUGAGCACCGGCGCGUCCUUCCAGGUCACCGGCGUCGACUACGGCAACCAGGCGCUCGCGGUGAUCGACCAGAGCCUGGCACACGAGCCGGCGUGCCCGCACGCGUACCGCAACACCACCAUCGACGCCGCCGCGUUCGCGUACACCGACCGGGACCGGUUCCUGACCGCCUACGUGAACUGCACCGGCGACACCAGAUCGUCGUUGCCGCCGGUGCACGACGCCUUCGCCUGUGUCGCCGGCGGGCGGUCGUAUUUCAUGCUGGACAACGGCACGUCGGCGCCGGAGGACGUGCUCGGCCUGGGCCUGGGGGUUGAGUGCAGCUCGAUUUUGGUCGUCCCGUAUGACUCGGCCAUGGCGGACGCGUUGGCCACCGGGAACGCCACCCUCGGCGGCGCCGUCCGGGCCGGGUUCACGGUGCGGUGGAAGGCCGGCGACGGGUGGUGCGGGGGCUGCCAGGCCUCCGGCGGGCGCUGCGGGCAUGAUAGCAGAGCGCCGGGCGAUCACACGUGUUUCUGCCCUGGUGGUCAGGUUAUCGGAUCGUGUCCUUCAAGUUCAGGACCAAAGAAAGUGAGCAAGAAAACAAUAACAGCAAUAGGAUCCUCCGCAGCAGCUCUGGUCCUGUUCCUGCUUCUCGUCGUGGUGUCGUUCCUGUACAUCCGCAAGAGGAGGCAGUACAAGAUGACCUCGUCGUCCAGGCUCCUCAAGUACAGCAACUCCGGCGGGACGCCCCGCUCCAGAGGCGGCAGCGACCUGGAGUCCGACAGCGUCCACAACCUGCAGACGCACCACUUCGCCUACGAGGAGCUGGAGGAGGCCACCGGCGGCUUCUGCGACACCCGCGAGCUCGGCGACGGCGGCUUCGGCACCGUGUACAAGGGCCAACUCCGGGACGGCCGCGUGGUGGCCGUCAAGCGGCUGUACAACAACGGCUGCCGGCACGUGGAGCAGUUCGUGAACGAGGCGGCCAUCCUGUCGCGGCUGCGCCACCCGAACCUCGUCACCUUCUACGGCUGCACGUCCAGCCGCAGCCGGGAGCUGCUGCUGGUGUACGAGUACGUGCCCAACGGCACCGUCGCCGACCACCUGCACGGUCACCGCGCGGGUGAGCGGGCGCUGCCGUGGCCGCUCCGCCUCAACGUCGCCGUCGAAGCCGCCGCGGCGCUCGCCUACCUUCACGCCAUCGAGCCGUCCGUGGUGCACCGGGACGUGAAGACCACCAACAUCCUCCUCGACGCCGACUUCCACGUCAAGGUCGCCGACUUCGGCCUCUCCCGGCUCUUCCCGCUGGACGGCGCCACGCACGUGUCCACGGCGCCGCAGGGCACCCCGGGGUACGUGGACCCGGAGUACCACCAAUGCUACCAACUCACCGACCGGAGCGACGUGUACAGCUUCGGCGUGGUGCUCGCGGAGCUCAUCUCGUCCAAGCCCGCCGUAGACGUCACCCGGGACCGCGACGAGAUCAACCUGGCCGCCAUGGCCGUCGGCAGGAUCCAGCGGUCGGAGCUGGAGCAGCUGGUGGACGCCGAGCUCGGGUAUGGCUUCGACGAGGCCACGACGAAGGCGAUGACGAUGGUGGCGGAGCUGGCGUUCCGGUGCCUGCAGCAGAACAGUGAGAUGCGGCCGCCGAUCAGGGAGGUGCUCGACGGUCUCAGGGGAAUACAGGAGGGCGGUGCGAGGGAGAAGAAAUACGAUGUUGUGGUCGUGCCCCGCUCCCCGAACACCGUGCACGCUCCUUGGGACAGCAUGAGCACUACGCCCAGCAUUACCAGUAGCGCGUAGAAAUCGAUGGUCGGAGCUUCAAAAUGUCAACUCCCCUCCCGUUGUUGCGAAUCAGCAAAGAUGAAUGUAAAUAGAAAUGCGGGUUGUGUUAUAGCAGCGAAAAUUUGUAACUUAUCCUAGUGUGUUGUUUCA